AGGGGGAAGUGUCAUGAGAAGUAUCGAAACUAGCACACAAUGGCUGCAAUAAAAUGGGUUUGCUUGGCCUUCAUGCUUCUACUAAGCCUACGAGAAUGCCCUGCACAGAAGAUUCUGCGCACUGGUCGCGACUUCGCCCCCAUUGACAGAUCAAAGAGAGUUUAUCCACCAACGCCCCUUUCCCCCUCUGAUAAUCCCGCUCACAAAACUCCACCAAGUCCAGGUACUGAAUCUGGACAAGGAGGAGUGAACACUCUUGGUGCCCGUGGAAGUGGUAUUGCCAAAGGUUUGGGUGGAGGCAGCGAUGGUGUCAGUCGAACCCGUGCCGUAGGCUUGGGGAAAGUUGGUGGUGGCGGUGGCGGUGGCGGUGGAGGUGGGGUUGGCAUUGGAGGCAACCCCGGUUAUGGUGGCCCUUACGUCCCAGGUACGCCAACUUAUGGAAGUGGUGGUGGAGGUGGAGGUGGGGUUGGUACUGGAGGCAGCCCUGGUUAUGGUGGCCCUUAUGUCCCAGAUACGCCAAUUUAUGGAAGCGGUGGUGGAGGCGGAGGCGGAGGUGGUGUCGGAGGCAACCCCGGUUAUGGUGGCCCUUAUGUCCCAGGUACGCCAACUUAUGGAAGUGGUGGCGGAGGCGGAGGCGGAGUUGAAGGUAGUCCCAGUUAUGGUGGUCCUUAUGUCCCAGGUACGCCAACUUAUGGAAGCGGUGGUGGAGGUGGAGGUGGAGGUGGUGUCGGAGGCAACCCCAAUUAUGGUGGCCCUUAUGUCCCAGGUACGCCAACUUAUGGAAGCGGUGGUGGAGGCGGAGGCGGAGGUGGAGGCGGAGUUGGAGGCACCCCUGGUUAUGGUGGCCCUUAUGUACCAGGUAUGCCAAAUUAUGGAACCGGAGGUGGAGGCGGAGGUGGAGGUAGCCCUAGUUACGGUGGCCCUUAUGUCCCAGGUAUGCCUACUUAUGGAAGCGGUGGUGGAGGCGGAGGAGGUAUUGGAGGCAGCCUCGGUUAUGGUGGCCCUUAUGUGCCACGUACUCCAACUUAUGGAAGUGGGGGUGGAGGCGGAGGCGGAGUUGGAGGUAGCCCCGGUUACGAUGGCUCUUAUGGUGACGGUGGCCCUUAUGCGCCAGAUAUGCCAGCUUAUGGAACCGGUGGUGGAGGCGGAGGAGGUGGUGGUGGGGCAAGUAUUCCAGGUAGGAUGCUAGGAUGCCAAGGUAGGCCGCAAGGAUGUCAUGGCUCCUUUGUCUAGCUAGGUAGCCCCACUGUUUAUGCACAGCCUGCACCGAUUCCCGCAAUAAAAUCUUCGGUGUUAAAGUAGAGUCCUAAUAUAUCGCCAUCUGCUGUGUUUCUCAGCAUAUGAUAAGAUCACCGAAUUCAGUACCAAUAAAAAGUGGCAUUCUCAUGAUAAAACUCAUGUUAGCGUGAAUAAAACUCUUGUUCCAUUCCA